UCAGCAGCUGGGGGACGAGAGCCGGGGGUCGGCGGCUCUGAGGUUGUCAACAAUGGCGGUUCCGCUGUCUGGAACAGCGGGCCCAGUCGCACGUCUGUGGACGUCGGUGCUUGCUGGUGGCGCGGAGAGAACGGGAUGAGGGUUGACGGCAAGUAACGGACGUGGUUUGAUGCUCGGCCGGGCUGUGGAGGAUCAUAUUGCACAGAGCAGAGGGUGAGAAUGGAUGCCACGGUCAGAACAAAGUCAUUCCCUGAAAAACAAUUGUAUGGUAGUAACUCGGGAAUUAUGACAUCGAUGACUGCCCAAAGUUACACUGAAAGUACUCGGGAAGAUAAACCAUAUUCAAUACAUUUAAAUGGUCAGCACACCAGUGCUACAUCAUCCGACCUUAACCCAUUCAGCAGUGCUGAGAACUUCAUCAGAAGGGGCAUUUUGGAAGAUGCAACUGCUGUAGGUUGUUCACGAGAGGAGAUGCAAAGUCCUUCAAUUGGUGUAGGUGGUGUGAACUUGGCCAUAGGCCGUGCCGGGAAGGAACAAUUUAGAUGUCCUCACUGUGGAAAGACCUUCGAAGAACUAUCCUCCUUCACUGCUCAUAAGCAGACCCACAGGGACGACAACCCAUUGAAAUGCAAGGUGUGCGAUAAGAUCUUCAUGCACUUGUCCAGCCUCCUGAAGCACCACCGCAUACACACUGGCGAGCGGCCCUUUAAGUGCGAGGUGUGCGGAAGGGCCUUCUCGGUUUCCUCCAGCCUCCUGCAACACCAGCGCAUCCACACGGGGGAGAAGCCGUUCAAAUGCGACGUGUGUCAGAAGCGCUUCACCGAAUCCACCUCCCUUAGGACGCACCAGCACAUCCACACCGGCGAGAAGCCAUUCAAGUGCACCGAGUGCGGCAAGGGCUACAGCAGGUCGUCGCAGCUGCUGAUUCACCAUCUCACGCACACCGACGAGAAGCCAUACCAAUGCACCAUCUGCCUGAAGGGCUUCAUCCAGUUCACCCACCUGGCCAACCACCAGCGGGUACACACUGGGGAGAAGCCCUUCCAGUGCGACCUGUGCCAGAAGCGCUUUGUCUCCUUCUCCUCCCUCGCCUCGCACCAGCACAUCCACACGGGCAUGAAGCCCUUCAAGUGUGAGAUGUGCGGCAAGACUUUCACGCAGUCGUCCAACCUCCUGAAGCACCGGCGUAUCCACACGGGGGAGAAACCCUUCAAGUGCGAGGUCUGCGACAAGACCUUCACCGUGUCCUCCAGCCUUCUGAAGCACCAGCGCAUCCACACAGGCGAGAAGCCGUUCAAAUGCGACGUCUGCGCCAAGUGCUUCAUUGAGUCCUCCUCCCUAACCAGGCACCAGCGCAUCCACACAGGCGUGAAACCAUUCAAAUGUGAGGUAUGCAAUAAGGUGUUCACGCAGUCAUCCAGCCUCCUAAAGCAUCAAUACAUGCACACCAGGUAGAAGACCAUGCACGGUGACGCCUGGAAAAGCUUCACCUCCUCCUGUGGGGUCAGGUCCUGGAAGUACAUCUAUGCAGGACAAAGCCCUUCGCAUUUCUGAAGGGCUCCAGUGUGUCGAGCUGAUAAGUAAUUCAUCCAAGCACACCGGUUUAAAUUAUUUCACUGUCUCCUGGUGCAAGCAGCUCAGCUCAGAGAUGUUAUACGAGUGUGAGAGGUUAACAAUUAAGUUUUUAUUUUGCACUCAUAAUUUCAUCACAGUAAGCAUGGAAACAGCUGAACUGUACAUAAGGUCAGGCAAACUUGAGUUGUGACCAAAACGGUACACAUUCAUGCUUUUCACAAUAUUUUGUAUCUAGCUUCAUGAUUCAGUAACCCAGGAUCAAAACUUCAUCCACCAAUGCAAUUAUAUGAAAGGACAGAAAGUGCUGGAUUAAUUUGGCAGGUUCUCUGGAGAACAUGGAAAGGUGAUGUU